GAUUGGGCGCCGGCGCUGUCAACCGCGCGCGGGGCGGGGCGGCGGCACCACCCCGCUGGGUGAGGGGCCCGGUGCGGGGCUGCUGGCGAGAGGCUGAAGCGCCGUCAUGUCCUCGGGGGUGGCCGCGCGCCGCGACGCCAAGAAGCUGGUGCGCUCCCCCAGCGGGCUGCGCAUGGUGCCUGAGCACCGCGCCUUCGGGAGCCCGUUCGGCCUGGAGGAGCCGCAGUGGGUCCCGGACAAGGAGUGUCCCAGGUGUAUGCAGUGUGAUGCCAAAUUCGACUUUAUCACCAGAAAGCACCACUGUCGCCGCUGCGGGAGGUGCUUCUGUGACAGGUGCUGCAGCCAGAAGGUGUCCCUGCGGCGCAUGUGCUUCGUGGACCCCGUGCGGCAGUGUGCGGAGUGUGCCCUGGUGUCCCACAAGGAGGCCGAGUUCUACGACAAGCAGCUCAAAGUGCUCCUGAGUGGAGCCACCUUCCUCGUAACUUUUGGGAACUCAGAGAAACCUGAAACCAUGGUUUGUCGUCUUUCCAACAACCAGAGAUACUUGUUUCUGGACGGAGACAGCCACUAUGAAAUCGAAAUUGCACACAUUUCAACCGUGCAGAUCCUCACGGACGGCGUCCCUCCAGGAGAAAGAGACAUUCGCGCCGACACCGGCCUCCGGCGCAGCCUGCUGGGCCCUGAAGGAGGCAACACGCGGGCCACGGGCAUGUUCCUGCAGUAUACGGUGCCAGGGGCCGAGGGUGUGGCCCAGCUGCAGCUGACAGCUGGGGAGGACGGCAACGCCAGCAGGAGACAGGCGGCCGCGUGGCUGGUGGCCAUGCACAAGGCUGCUAAGCUCCUCUAUGAGUCUCGGGACCAGUGACUUCACGUGUGAGCUGAGCUUGGGGUACGUCUGGGCACUGGGACUGAGGCGCUUGGAACGGCGGAACCCACUGCCUGUGUACCGCGGGGCUUCCUCUUGUGCUGGGAAAUGCAGCUCGCGUGUUUGGAGAGACAGAGGUAUUCACUUACCUAGUGCAAUACGUACACAGUUUAUUAACGCUUUCAACAGCUUCACGUUUUAGAAUUUGUGUAUUAUCUUAUUGAUAAUUACGAGUGGGAGAGACUGAGCUACACUACUACCAAACUAUUUUUAGCAUAAUCUAUACCAUGUUUUUGAGUUCCCAGGCCUGCUAGAAGGUUCUGGCCCAGCAAUGUUCAUUAAUUUGUCCCCAGAACCAGCGUGGGCAGUGCUGGCUCCGGCCUCCGAGCUGUAGGGAGCUGCAUGUUGGUGACAGCACUUGCCUUCGCCCAGUUUAGGACUGUCUGUCCACCCUGUCACUAAUCUCGGGCUAUGAACAUCCUUUGCUAUUUCACUGUGGGGAAGGCGCUGGGUUUUUUUGUACUUUUCACUGUUUCACUUUAUUAAAAUGACUGUACAGCAGUUUGUACAUAAAGCUUAUGAUUAAAACCUAUUUUGAACAUA